CAAGCUGUCCCCUUGUGGUCAUAGUGUGGGAUGCUUUAGUUUGGAUCAGAGGCAGAAAUCCAGAUUCAAUGAGUUCAAAUAGAGCUCCAGGAAAGAGAAGGACGGAUUUACAGAAGAACAGGAGGUUUGAAACAAGACAUGAUAGUGUCAGGGUUGGUGUUUUGAAGAGAGAGGUGAUAAUAGAUUUAAAGGUGAGAGAGAGAGAGAAUACAUGGAGAGAGGACUUGUUGCUAAUAUGGGGACCAGGAGUUAGAGCGAAUAGUGUCAAGGGAACAGGAGGCAGGAAUUAUGGACAAGAUGGGCUCAGAGACAGUGUGAGGGAAGUGUGGUUUGAAAUUAACAAAAGAUGUGAGUUUAGGGGUAAGAUAGGAGGUAACUUUAGCAGAUAUUUAGGUUUGGGGAGAAAGGGUUGUGCCAGAAGAAAAAGAUUGGUCGGACUCAUUCUUAAACAAAGAGUCUGAAGGCUCCUCACAUUCAUUGCGGGGGACGUGGAGGUGCUAGUGUUGACUGGCAGUGUACAAGGUCAGAAAUCUCACAACACCAGGUUAUAAUCCAAUAGGUUUAUUUGAAAUCACAAACUUUCUAAACGCUGCCCCUUCGUCAGGUGAAGUGAAGAGAGCACCCAGGCACAGACAGACAUUAUAAUCAGAGAGAUCAAAAGAUCAUACAAAUGGUGCGAGUGGAGUGUCAACAAGCCAAAUGAUAGCUCUCUGCAGGUGAUCAAGAGUGUCACACGGUGUGUAUAAACAGCAAAAUAACAAGCUAAAGGUUGAUUUAUAAUCUGAUUAAUUGAAGCAGAGAGAUCUUAAAAAAAUAAGGUGGUGCUGGAGACAGACCAAAUGACUGGAAUAACAUCAGGAACAAAAACGGAAGUUGCUGGAAGCUCAGCCGCUCUGUCAGGACUAUUCUGAGGAUGGGUCACUGGACCUGAAAUGUUAACUCUGAUUUUUGUUUUCUUCACAGAUGCUGCCACACUUGCUUAGCUACCAGCAACUUUCUGUUUUUGCUCCUGAUUUAUAGCAUCCGCAAUUCUUUCGGUUUUUUAUUUUGACUGGAAUAACAUGAUAAGUAUAAGAGUCACAUACCAUAGGUCUAACUAAAGUAACAAGUAAUCCAAAAUUGUACAAACUAAUUAAGGUAGAGAGAUUAUAACAAGUCAUCAAGGUGAUGGUGUCAAAACUGAACAGAAAGAAAGAUUUGACAGAACAGUAUGGUGGAGUCGCAUUUAGUGUGACGUGUGUCCAAGAUCACAGUUGAUGUCAUCUUCACAGCUACGGAACUUGGCUAUUAGUUUCUGCUUGUCGAUUCUGUGCUGUUGUGCAUUCCAAAAGCCACCUUAGAGAACGCUUACCCGAAGAUUGGAGGCUGAAUGUCCUUGACCACUGAAGUGUUCCCUGACUGAGAGGGAACAUUCCUGUCUGGCAAUUGUUGUGCAGUAUCCAUUCAUCCAUUGUCUUAGCAUCUGCAUGGUCUCGCUAAUGUACCAUACCUCGGGGCAUCCUUGCCUGCAGCAUCUGAGGUAGAUGACAUUGACCGAGUCACAUGAGUUUCUGCUGUGGUGUUCCCACGUGUGAUGGUAGUAUCCAUAUUGAUGAUCUGGUAUGUCUUGCAGAAGUUGCCAUGACCGGAUUGUACAGUGUUGUGGUCAGUGUUGUCCUGAAGACUGGACAGUUUGCUGUGAACAGUAGUGUGUUUAUGGUUGGUCAGUUGUUUUAAGGCAAGAAGUGGAGGCAUGGAGAAGAUUUUGGCAAGAUGCUCAUUGUCAUCAAUAAUGUAUUGAAGACUGCAAAGAACAUGGCGUAGUACUGGAUGACGAAGGGUACUUUAUCAGUCGUAUCCUGUGUUUGUCUUCUGAGGUGUUCAUUAUGAUAUUUUGCUGUGGCACACCGGAGCUGGUGAUCAAUGAGUUGAGCAUCUUAUCCUGUUUCUAUUAGGGCACCCUUCACCACCUUCAGGUGUCCAUCGCAUUCCUCCUCAUCCAAACAGAUCCUGUAAAUGCACAGGGCUUCUCCAUAGGGAAUGGCUGUUUUAAUACAUUUAGGGUGGAUGCUAGAGAAGUGCAGCAUCAUGAGGUGAUCUAUAGAUUUGCGGUAAAGUGAGAUACUGAGAUGCAUGUGUCCAAGAAUGAGACUUACUUUAAGGAGCAGUCCACAGUAAGUCUGAUGGUGGGAUGGAACUUGUAGAUAUCACUGUGCAGUCGUGAGCUGAUGGUGACUGUACUGACCACCCACACUGGGGGGAGAGAUACGGGGUUCAUAAGAGGCCCAGUGGCUCAGAGGAGCAGACUGGUAGAGAUGGAGGUAAAACUAGUGAAAAAAAGAAGAAUGGUGCAGAGACUGUGAGAGGAAAGCAAUGUUGAAAUCUUUGAGAACAUUUAGAUUAAGUGUAGGAUGGCGUAAAUCAUGAUUUUGAAAGAGGUGAUGGUGUGGAACACACAGGUUCAUACUCUGUAAUCCUGGGACUUUCUCCUCUUUGAGCAUCUUAUACUGUUCCACACCUUCACCUCAACAGCCCUGUUAGAGCAGUAGUAAAACACACAAGGGCUUCGUUUAAAAAGAAGGUGUCACUGGCACUCAGCUGAAUUCUUGGUUUUUGUGUCAUAUUCUGUGUAAUCAUCUCCAGGAUGUUUAUGGAUGACAAGUGCCAUUCUCGUGUGGAAUCUUUAUCCCAGAGCUACUGGAGAUGGGUCUUUACAUUGAUUCAAGGCUGAGUUUGCUGGAUUUUUGAAAAGAAGAAAGUGGUUUAAGUUUAAACCAGAUGAGCCAUGAUUGUAUUGAAUACUGAACCUGGCUGAAUGGCUUAUUCUUGUUCCUAUGUGGCUAAAGGCCUUAUUCACAAGGGAUUGGACAUUGUAGAAUGGGGCUGGGGAACAGCUGGCAGGGGAGGUCGUGAUUUGGUGGGGAGCAAGAUGAGCCCCUAUUGAGUGCUUUGGGCAGGAAUGUGAUUUUGGGAGUGGGAAUCAGGCACUUGGGAUUUUUGUCUUGACAAAACCAAAGUGGAACUGUCUGCUUAUCCACAGAGAGUCACAUCAGGAACAAUAACAGCAAGAUCAAAGCACUGGAGGUUGAGGAGAGACUUGGGAGGGUAGAAUACUUGGGAAGGCUUGGGAAGGAAGAAUAAGAGGAGAAGAGAUGGAUUUAGAAGGAGUAAAGAGAAGAAUUAGUUUAAAAGAAACAGGAAAAGCAGAAAUAGUCUGCAGUGGCGUGUGAAUGGAAUAAGUUACAGAUUUAUCUGCAAAAUAUUCAUCUUGUUCUGAGCCCUGACAAUCGGCUCCACAAGAACAUCUUCCUUCUGGUUCAGAAUCGGUCUGGUUCUUUGAGGUGGAUGGCUGUGAGUUCUCCCCCCCUCUCCCAAAGGGGUAGGGGUGGUUGGUAUUUCCCACACUGCCCCCAGGCCUGGCAUGAUGCUGAUUGGCAUGAUCUGGUUUCCAGGCUGAGGAUGGAAUCUGAACCCUCUCAGAAUAAACAGUUGGCGAAUCUGUCGAUGGAGUGGCGGAAACGAGUCAAGUCCGAGUACAUGCGUCUGCGCCAACUCAAACGUUUCCGGAGAGCAGAUGAAGUGAAGGAUAUGUUUAUCUGUAACCGCAACAAGAUCAGGAGCCGAACUGAGGUUCUGAAUGAAGACUGGAAGAAGCUGAAGAUCCAGCCAAUUGCUGGCAGCGCAGUGGGAGCUACAAGCUAUGGCAAAUGGAAGUGCACAGUUGAGAGUUUAUUCCUGAGUUUCAAGAGUCAGACGGUCAUACAGAAGAUGCUGAGCCCAGUGGCCAUGAGCCCAGUUAUGUAUUCCUGGUCUCCUCUCCAACAGAAUUUCAUGGUGGAGGAUGAGACUGUCUUGCAUAAUAUCCCUUAUAUGGGAGACGAGGUCCUUGAGCAGGAUGGUGUUUUUAUUGAGGAACUGAUCAAUAAUUAUGACGGGAAAGUGCACGGAGACAGAGAGUGUGAUUUUAUCAGCGAUGAGAUCUUUACUGCACUUGUCCGUGCUCUCAUUCGGGAGUCAGAUGAUGAAGUUAAGCCGACAACUCCCUGUCGUACCAACAGCCGACGGAAUAUGAAACAAGGACGGGAUGAAUCACAGUGCGGCGAUCAGAAUGCUGACGAUGGGACUGAAGAGAGGUCCAACAGAAGGCUCCCUCCUGACAAGAUCUUCAAAGCCAUUGCCAUGAUGUUUCCAGACAGGGGCUCUUCAAAGGACCUGAGAGAGAAGUACUGGGAGCUGACAAAACUCUGUGAUCCCUCAGCAGCCCCUCCAGAGUGCACUCCGAACAUUGAUGGACCUAAUGCUAAGUCUGUGCAGCGCCAACAAUCUCUGCAUUCCUUCCACACCCUUUUCUGCAGACGCUGCUUCAAGUAUGACUGCUUCCUGCACCCUUUUCAUGCGACACCAAAUAUGUACAAAAGGAAAAAUAAGGAGAUAAUGGUGGAAACAACACCUUGUGGAAAGGACUGCUUCAUGUUUCUGGAUGGAGCCAAGGAGUUUUCUGCCUCUCUCUCCACCAUUCAAAACAAAACACGAUCAAAACGGAGCACAGGACGGCGCAGAAAGCAUCACCAUAGUAACCAGAACCAGCCCAAUGUGGCACCCAUCACAGCCAGUGAGAUGAAAGAUGGCGACAGUGACAGGGAAUGCAGUGGUGAAAACUCCCAGAGCUUCUCAGAUUUGUCGGAGGGGAGUUCCCGGAGUCAAACACCCGUCAAACUGAAGCCAAUGUCUGGACCAGAUGAUGUCUGUGAGACCCCCAGUCCGAGCAAGACCCCCAGGAUAACUGAGACUCCUGGACCGACUGAGACCCUCAGAAUGAGCGAGAGCCCUGAAUUGAGUGAGAACUCUGGGAUGGGCGAGAUUCCUGGGAUGAGCGAGAUUCCCGGGUUGAGUGAGACCCCUGGGAUGAGCGAGAUUCCUGGGAUGAACGAGACCCCUGGAAUGAGCGAGACUCCCAGGAUGAGUGAGAGCUCUGGCUUGAGCGACAGCCCCGGGAUGAGUGAAAUUCCUGGAAUAAGCGAGACUCCUGGGAUGAGAGAGAGCCCCGAACAGGAUGUAUACAAUGCAAUUCCGCAGGCUGUAGCUUGGGACAGUGCUGAGGAAUCGUUGUUCCGUGUGUUACAUGGAACCUAUUUCAACAAUUUCUGUGGAAUUGCCAGAUUGAUAAAAACCAAGACCUGCAGGCAGGUGUAUGAGUUUGCAGUGAAGGAAUCUUCUAUCAUUCACAAGGUGCCCAUGGACCAACAUGUUCUGUCUCCGCCAAAGAAAAAGAGAAAGCACAGAUUGUGGGCAGCACAUUGCAGGAGGAUGCAGCUGAAGAAAGACAAUUCGUCCAAUCAGGUUUACAAUUACCAGCCAUGUGACCACCCCGAGCGGCCCUGUGAUGUCACAUGCCCCUGUGUCACAGCCCAGAACUUCUGUGAGAAAUUCUGCCAGUGCAGCCCAGAGUGUCAGAACCGUUUUCCUGGUUGUCGCUGUAAGACCCAGUGUAACACCAAGCAGUGCCCAUGUUACCUGGCAGUGCGUGAGUGUGACCCUGAUCUGUGCCAGACGUGUGGUGCAGCUGAGCACUGGGGCAGCAGAAAUGUCUCAUGCAAGAACUGCAGCAUCCAGCGUGGCCUGAAGAAGCACCUGCUGAUUGCUCCCUCAGACGUUGCAGGAUGGGGAACCUUCAUUAAGGAGUCCGUCCAGAAAAAUGAGUUCAUCUCUGAAUAUUGUGGAGAGAUAAUUUCUCAGGAUGAAGCAGAUCGUCGUGGGAAAGUCUAUGAUAAAUACAUGUCCAGUUUCCUCUUCAACCUCAACAAUGAUUUUGUUGUUGAUGCAACUCGCAAAGGAAACAAAAUCCGUUUUGCAAAUCACUCUGUCAAUCCUAACUGUUACGCGAAAGUUGUCAUGGUGAAUGGUGAUCACCGAAUUGGGAUAUUUGCGAAAAGAAUGAUCCACACUGGCGAGGAAUUAUUCUUCGAUUACAGGUAUAGUCAGGCUGAUGCACUGAAGUAUGUGGGAAUUGAACGGAAGAUGGAAAUGCUGUGAUCUCAGUGUUAGUUUCAUGUUAAGUUUUGUUUGAUUGUGAGUUAGACUGUGCAGCCACACCACAGCCAUCUUUCCUGAACACCUGGUGUGAUUUUGACCAAUAAUGAUUAUGUCAGACACAGGAAAAAGCAUAUUUCACAUUGCAGUGUGUUAUCAGUGCACUUCAACCUGCUUUUGCUGCAGAUAAGCACACUUACCCUUCCCCUGGCUUGCCCUGCAGGACCCAUCCCUGUUACUGGGAGUUUACUCCCUGAUCAAGCUGAACCAGGGACCAGAGCUUAAUACCCGUGAGAGGCAACUCCGUUGAAGAUUCAGAAUCUGAUCUUGUGGGAGAAACACAUCCGUUCCCCAGGAGCACAGUCCAGAGUUGACAGACAUCUGAGAAAUCAGACAGCUGUCACGACUUCUUACUGUGGACACAUUGAGUUGGGUUCCUAAUGUCAGGCAAUAUCUAGAAAUUAGUUGGAACAGUGAGCAGUAUAGUCAGCUCAGAGUAUGGAAGCCCCGUUCGCUGUGUUUAUUGUUUCUGCAGAGAGAGAGAGAAAGUUUAGAAAGGUGAAGGAUGGUUCUAUUACACUGGACUAACUUGCUGCAGCAGUAGCCACAUUAUAAGCUUAGCUUGUGAAAGAUCCCACUGCCUAGGAUUUUCAAACCCUACUUAGCUCUCAUCUAUGAUGUCUGCAUCUACUGUUACCAAGUGACACUCUUACAUCAGCAGUUAGUUAGUUGUCCUAAUGUAACUGGGCUUGUGUGAAGCAGUCCGUUCUCUGCUGGAGUGAUGGUUUUGACUGAGAAAAAAGAUAGAUUCAAUUUCAGGGAACUGACUUUGCAGUUUCUGAUUUUUUUGGCAACAGUUGGGUUCUUGAAGUGAAGCUUGAAGCAGAAUCCUUUAAGUUACACUUGAAAUAAAAAUGAUAAAAUUA